CAUUUCGUUUAGAACGUAGGGGUGCAGACAUUAAAAUUCCAGAGUUGCAACUGCCUGACCAUAAGUUGCAACUGCCCGACAUAAAGUCGGAUGUCGUAACUCAAGUCGGAUGUCGUAUUAGAGUUGGAACGAAGCUCUUGUUGACAAUUGACAAUGUGGUAACGCUCAUUCGAGAGACCGCAGAUGCUCUCGUGAGCACCGGACUACGUGACCUUGGAUACAAGUAUCUGAAUCUUGACGACUGUUGGAUGAAAAGUAGGAGCUUCUUCGGGGAGAUUAAUUAUGAUAAUGACAAGUUCCCGUCGGGAAUGAAAAAUCUUUCAGAUUACAUACAUGAGCGUGGAUUGCUGUUUGGAAUUUAUUCGAGCGCUGGAUUCUGGACUUGUCAACGACGCCCAGGCUCAUUAUUUCGUGAAGAUAUUGAUGCGCAAUCAUAUGCUUCCUGGGGUGUUGACUACCUAAAAUACGAUAACUGCUAUAAUUUGGCUCUGGAUGCGACUGGUCGUCCGAUUUUGUACUCGAUAUGUAAUUGGGGUGAACAAGAUCCUUGGACCUGGGGAGCAGGAAUCGGAAACUCAUGGCGUACCACUGGUGACAUAAAUGACGUAUAUCGCGUGAACAAGAAACAAGAUCCACGACACUGUAAUCCGUGCGGGAUGCUCGAAAUUCUGGAUAGCACGGUUGGGCUUGAAGGAUACUCUAAACCUGGUGGUUUCAAUGAUCUUGAUAUGUUAGAGGUUGGAAAUGGCGGCAUGACGCAUGAAGAGUACAAGACACAUUUUUCCUUAUGGGCCGCUCUAAAAUCACCUCUCAUAAUCGGCUGUGAUGUUCGUAAUCUUACUGAUGGAACACGUGAUAUUCUCUCUAACGCGGAAAUUAUCGCAGUUAAUCAAGAUCCGCUUGGGCAAUCGGCGAAAUUGGUGUUCCGGAAAGAUAAUAGCUAUGAUGUGUGGGCGGGAAAAUUGUCCGAGGAGUAUGGACUUCAAAAUGGUGUAGCCAUUUUGUUUAAUCGUGGAGAUACACCACAGAAUGUAACAAUGCCAUUCUCCUUACUGCAACCGUUUUUCCAAAAAUAUUCUACGGACAACAAAACCAAUAAUACAAACGGUACUUCAAACGAAGUGAUGGUUUUUAGUGCUAGAGAUCUGUGGCUUAAAGAGGAGUUAGGAAUCUGGGUUCAAGAGGUUACCACAUACAACAUCCCGUCACAUGGUGUAGUGGUACUAAAACUCACGCUUGUAUAUUGGGGUGAUGACGAUGAAGCACAAAAAUUAUUGAAAUCGCCAAAAUAUAAUGGUACUAGUAUUCAUUAUAAUAAUGGUACUAGUAGUAACAUUCAUAAACGCAGAACUUUUAUUAACAAACGAUGGUAA